CGGCCCCCCGCCACACUGCAGGGUCCGGGCAGAGACCCUGGGACGCUCCGCUCCUUAGCAUGUAGCAUCGUCUUGCUAGCGGAGAUUUGGCCAGUCGCGUGUUGUGUCAGCUGAAAGUUCAGCGUUGCCUCCGCCGGUCUCACUGAGGGCCCCACCUUGGCCCCUGCUAGAGAGGACCCUCCCCUCACUCGUGAGCCAGACCGACACAUGGGUCAGAGGGUGGCUGGUGAGCUGGCUACAAGUGGUCAGAAGCACCCGCUGAAGCCAGGCUCCUCAGCGCUGGCUUCACCGGGUGCGCUGGACUCACGAGCUGGAGGAAGACCACGAUGAAGGCGGAGCAGCCCUCCGUCCCGGCUGGAGCCGGCAGAGUCCCGCGUGUCUGGAUCAGAGGCCACAGAAUGCCUCCCUUGUGCUGCGCUUGUGUGUGACUGAAGUCAGCCAAUAGCAGCUGACGAUUCUGCCGCUCGAACGUUGACCUCAUUUCUCUGUUUCACAAUCUCAGACUGGAGCGGCGCCGACGUGCAGCAGCCAGAAUGAAGAGAGUCUUGUGGCUCCUGCUCGCCGUCUACGCCUCGGUGCCCGUGGUGCUCUACCUGUGUCCCUGGAUCCUGGCCCACAUGGUCUUCUGUCACCUGUUGAGGUUUCCACUCCUGGUGGAUCUCAGCCGCCCCGAGCUCCUCCUGAAGCACACGCGGAACCUCUACCUGGCCACUGAAGAGGGCGUCUCUGUGGGCGUGUGGCACACGCUCCCGGCCAGCCAAUGGGAGGAGGCCGCCGGGAAGAGCCCUGAGUGGCACCAGGAGACGCUCGGCGACGGCGCUCCUGUUGUCAUCUAUCUCCAUGGCAACGUAGGAAGCAGGGCCCUCAGUCACAGGGUGCAGCUGGUGAAGAUGCUGAGUGCAGCCGGGUGCCACGUCUUGUCUCUGGACUACAGAGGUUUCGGUGACUCCACCGGGGAGCCCAGCGAAGCCGGACUGACCAGUGACGCCCUCCACCUGUACAAGUGGGUCAAGCAUGGAGCCGGAGCCGGCGCCGGUCCGCUGUUGCUCUGGGGCCACUCACUGGGCUCCGGCGUCGCCACCAACGCGGCCGUGCAGCUGCAGCGGCAGGGGGUCGCCAUUGACGCGCUGAUUCUGGAGGCUCCCUACACGAAGAUCGGGGAGGUGGUUGUUCAGCACCGGCUGAGUCAGCUCUACAUGUUCCUGCCCGGAUUUGAGCAGUUGCUGUGGAGCAUCUUGGAAAAGAACAACAUUAAGUUUGCGAACGAUGAGAAUCUGAAGCUGUUGUCCUGUCCGCUGCUCAUCCUGCACUCGGAGGACGACGCGGUGGUGCCGCACCACAUGGGCCUGAAGCUGCACCAGAUCGCUGUGGAGGCCAAGGAAGCCCGGAACAGCGGCGUGCCGGUCCAGAUGGUCUCCUACGGGUCCGGCCUGGGACUUUCUCACAGCAACAUCUACAAAGACCCGCAGCUGGCCAGCGUGGUCAGGACGUUUCUGCAGAACCUGAGGUGAACCAUCCACCCGAGCCUCACCACAGUCACGAUCCCUGCUGGUUCUGCUGAAUAAAAGCCCUCCUCACCCCC